UAUGCUAUCAUCAUCAGAAAAUAUCAAUGUCUCGCGCAACAACCACCAUUGUCUUCAAAAUAUCAAUGUCUCCCGCAACAACCCUUAUCUUCAAAAUAUCAAUGUCUCCCGCAACACUAUCCCUUGUCUUGCUCCUCCUUGCAUCUCUCUACUCAUUUCUUCACAUACUACGCGCCGUCCACCGCAAAUAUGACCGGAAACUUCCACCUGGCCCCCGAGCCUUGCCAAUUAUCGGCAGCCUACACAUGCUUGGCAACCUCCCACACCAAACCCUUUAUCAAUUAGCCAAAAAAUAUGGCCCCAUAAUGUCAUUAAGGCUAGGUAACGUACCCACCGUGGUAAUAUCCUCCCCCAGCGCUGCUGAGCUAUUCCUAAAAACCCAUGAUCUCAUUUUUGCCAGCAGACCCAAACUCCAAGCCAUAGAAUACAUGGCAUACAAUAGCAAGGGCAUGAUUUUUGCAGAAUACGGUUUAUACUGGAGAGACAUCAAGAAGCUGGUUACUCUAGAGCUUCUUAGCCCGUCGAAAAUCGAAUUCUUUGCGCCGAUAAGGAGGGCGGAGCUGGGGUGUUUGGUGGAGUCACUGAGGAGAGCGGCGGCGGCCGGUGAGGUGGUCGACCUUAGUGACAAGGUGCGUGAACUCGGUGAGAACAUGUACUAUAAGAUGAUUCUGGGGCGAAGUAAAGAUGAGAGAUUUAAGUUGAAGGAAUCUGUUGCUGAAGGGUUGAACUUAACUGGAGGAUUCAACAUCACAGAUUAUGUGCCAUGGCUUGGUGCUCUUGACCUCCAGGAGUAUGCAUCUCGAUCUUGGCUAAAAGAGACCAACGCGGUGUAGCUUUUUCCUUUCUGUUAAUCCAUGGUUGCUUCUCGCUGGUUGAUAGUCUUUGGAAUUGUGAUUUGACCAUGUGCACUGAUUAUAUGCUAGAUGUAUAAUUUUUGCUAGAAAACGAAUAUGUUUGUCUGGUGGCUGCUCACUCUCUGCUGACUUAAUUUUUUGGAUUUGAUUAAGGUUUAAGGGAAAGAAUUGGUGAUCACUUCCAGCUGCAAUUGGCUGGCAAAGUGUACCAACACCCAACAUUGUUGUAAA